CGUCAGCUAUCACGCGUUAGAAAUCGAGAGCUCAUAAUCUAAUUGUUUAAUAGACGGAUUGGGCAAACGUGUUUACAUCAUUUUCCCUCCCAAUUCAGCUCAUGACAUGACUCACUUGGGAGGUUACAAUUGUUCUGUUUGUAUAUACUCCCAUACAAUCAGUUUCGUUUGGCAAAUGUCACAACUGUAACCUCCCAAAUGAAUCAUCACAUGGUCUGAACUGGAUGGCAACAAGGAUGUAAACACGUAGCCGAAUCCGUCUAUUCUUUAUCUUACUCCGUCCCUCUAUUUUACCGCUGAUUCAAGGCGUAUGUAAUAAGGAGAGACGUAGAAAUUAACUUCAGAUGAAGGAAAGUUUAAAACCAUAGUUACUCAGGGAGUACAACUAUCACAGCUGUUUAGUAUAGUAAAAAGGGUAGCUUAAGAUUGGGGAAGAUUAAAAUGGAUUGCGCACAUCGAAAUGAUUUGUUUUUUAAGAUGCGCCAUUCGCAACGUGGCUCUUUUCAAGGAGAAAAGAGCCAUCCGCAAACAGUUGCUGCUAUUAAUUGACUUUAAUGUACUACAAUCUUACUUUCAAAAAUUAAACAAAGGAUUAAAACUGUGCCAAUUGUUGUUGCUGUUGUUUUUUUUAAGUCAACUUCAUUUCAAAACUUCAGCUGUUUAUGAUACUUCUCUCUACCUGCCAAAAAACCCCUAUUCUGUUAUUUACAGAGACCUGUCGCUGCUACGAACGUCUAACAACGAGUUGGUAUGAGUUUCGACCAUACGUCCGAUUGUCUGAAAAUGGCUUCCCUGACGGGCUUAUUCCACCAAUCCUCAAGAAGCUAACCUUCAGGUGUUGUGAAACCUGCCAGUCGCAUGGUACUUCUUAUGUGGACUUGAAUUCAAAUGGCUUCAAUCAGUCGGCAAAGCUUUCCAAUCUGCGUUCACUGCAGAAGAGUAUCGUUAAUCCAACAGACUUCUUCUUCCCCGUCUAUGGCUUUAAGGAGCAAACUCAUUUUGCUAAGCAGUUUGGCUACCAAGGAAUAGUGGAAUCACCUGGUAUGGCGUACAUUAUCAAUACAAACUCCCAUGAUGACAUGCCCAACGCUAUCUUGACGAAUAUUGCUGCCUGUUGGCCAGCGAUCGCCCUCGCUUUGGUCAUCACGUAUCUAGCUGGACUUGUGGUGUGGUUAGUGGAGUCGGAUUGCAACCCACAAGACUUUCCACCAUCUUUCAUCGAGGGAGCAUACGAGGCUUUUUAUUGGUCCUUUGUUUCCAUGACAACAGUCGGAUACGGCGAUCGUGCACCGAUAACCAUAUUAGGAAGAUUUCUCGCUAUUGCCGUGAUUUUGUCUGGGCUGGUGAUCUUUGGAAUUGUCAACGGUUACAUGGCCACAUCCAUUACUAGCGUCUCCCUGGAAACAGACUACAAAAUCUAUGGAGCCAAGGUUGCGGCAAUUGAGGGGACGCCUGAAUAUCGAAUGGGAUUGAGGAAAAAUGCUCGAAUGGACCAAGGUCGCGAGUAUCACACGUUCCACGAUAUUUACACGGCUCUCAGCGAACGACACGUCAUCGGGGCCUUGAUAGAUACAUACAGUGCUGGGAGCAGCAAAGAAGAGUUUGAAAACGAGAAUCUGCGAGUGAAUAAAAUCCUCGAUUUCUCUUCUACUUAUGGAGUAGUCAUGGGCAAAGAGGGUAGAAAACUCCGGCGGUGCUUCAAAGAAUAUACUGAAAAAGGCUUCGCUAUUGAGAUUGCGCAUCACAUUCAGCGCAACACGAAACAGCUAAAGGAGCCCCCUGAACCGCUGCCAGUAGAAAGGUCAACGGGAUUCUUUGACAGUCACAGUACUGCAUUUCAGAACACCUUGCUGAUCAGCGGGGCGCUGUUAAUAUCCUGCAUACUGUGUGGCAUUAUCUGGGAUAUGAUAAGACACAUACGAGAAAGGACCAAGAUUAAACCACACGAUUCAAGACUGGAGCUCGUGGUCGAGUUGAAAGUGCUGGUCGACAAUUUCAACGACAACAUUCAUACAGUUAAGAAGAACAUGGCAUCACGACAUGAAAAAGAAAGAAAGAAAUUGCUGAUGAACUACAAGCAGCUACACGCGAAAUAUGAUUCGUCAAUGAUACUAACACAGCAACUAGACAACCCUUAUUUUGAUCCACAACCUGAUGAACUGAGCUCUGCUCGCGGUGAAUCUGAGGCCAACUGUUGAUGAUAAAUUUAACCCUUUAGACUGCUCAAUUUUAUAAUUAGAUUACGGCAGAUUCUACCGGACUGGCGGUAAAAAAAGGGUUAAAAACAAUUCUUCCAAGACAAUCAAUGAAAGAUGUUUAAACAAAACAGCAAAUAAAAUCUUUUAAGAAUCCCAGUGUAGUACCUCAAGUUAAUAAUAAAGCCCUAACUUAACACAACAUAUCGCGACUUUGUUGGGCGCAACACGUUGCGCGCGUUUGGCCACCCUGUUGCGAAGUGUUGCCACAUGCUGUGUUGUUGGCUCAAGUUUGAAAAUGGUCACAUUCAAGCCAGUAACACCCCAUUGUCACACCACGUCGCAACAGGGUGGCCAAACGCGCGCAACAUGUAGUAUGUUGCUCCCAACAAUGUUGCGAUAUGUUGCGUUGAAAUGUUGCGAUCGUUUGUUCGGGGCUUUACACUACUGUCGAUUCUAAUGGCUCAAAGGAGCCAAGUCACGGUAUUUUGAGUUAUUUUGGCCACGUACAAAAUUACCUUUAAAU